AUGGCCGCCAAAGCUAUAGAAAUAGAAGCAUCAAAAAGACGAAAAUCGAGACGCAUCAGAGCUGCGAAUAACUUUUUGGCAAAUAUAUCUCUGGAUGGAAAAUUUAUAGGGAAUAUCACGCAAAAAGGAGAUAAAGUCAAAGAGAAAACGCAAUUAUCUUUGGAUAAAGAGGAAAUUAAACUGAUUUCAAAUCAGGGUCUAGUUCAAAAUCUUUCGCACUGUACUCGACCUAAACUUUUGAGCUCUUUCUCAACGACCGUGGCCAUGAUUGAAAACAAAACUAGUUUAGAUAUAGCUGCAUCAGUAUCCUCUUCUUCUUUGUUUCCCUACAACAGUUUAAAAGAUACACGAGUUUACAAGCGUGCACAUUCUGUAAAGGAAAAUGUUGAUCAAAAUCAUAAAAAUAUUAUAUGCGGACAAAAUCUUGAUAGAUAUGACGGGAAUCUUUGUGGGAAAAGAAUGAUAAUAUGUUCUGGUCAUUUUGUGCCCAUUGUCAUUUAUUCAACCUUGAAAUAUUCUCAACAUAAAGAGUACUUGGAGUCUAGUGAGAAGACAACUUAUAAACUACAGAAGCCAACAGCAGAGCAUGAGCAACGCUUUUGUGUUGAAAAAGGCAUCGAAAAUGGAUCAAAAGACUGGCCAGUAUCAUAUGGCCAUUUAUUGGCUCGUAACAAAUGUAGCCAUGCUUCAAGGAAUUCUUCAUCUCCUGGCAAUUUAUUACAAAUUUCUUCAAGUCAAUUGCCUUAUGAAAAAAGAGAUUUGUGUCUUACCACAGCAGGGUCAGGAACACCAAACAAGAAGCCAAUUAAGCAAAGAGAAUAUUUGGGGCAUUCAUUAGACUCCAGUGAGUAUGAUCCAGAUAUACUUGAUGAUCCUGAAUUGCGAUCUGGAAGAUAUCGAAAGGUUUUAAAUCUUAGUUCAUUUAUGGUGUCCAUUAUUGAAUACGUAAAACCAUCACAACUGAAGAAAGACUUGAACGAGCAAUUCAAAGAGAAGUUUCCAAACCUGGACAUAACAUUGUCAAAAUUAAGAAGUUUGAAGCAAGAUAUAUCGAGAUUAGCACUAGAGUGUUCUUUAGAUCAUUCUACAGUGGCAUAUACGAUUGUCUACUUUGAAAAACUUGUGCUGCAGGGAAAAAUUAGUAAAGUUAACAGAAAAUUACUUGCAGGCUCUUGCCUACUGCUUGCUGCAAAAUUUAACUGUGACCUAAAGAAGAAUGCUGUAAAAAUGAUAAUCGAAAAUAUCUCGGACUUUUUUCGAUUAAGCACAAAAGAUCUUCUCCUGUAUGAAAUACAAUCAUUGAUCAGCCUUGAAUUCGACCUUCAUCUCUCAGUUUCUCAUGUUCUUCCGCAUUUAAAACGUCUGGAAUUUAAGAAUGUGACUUUAUCAUGACGUCAAGUGAUGACGUCAGAAGUUGUUCCUGGAAAUGUACCAUAAAUGAGAUGUACAUAUGACUGAUGGUUAAAGUUUUACCACGUCAUUAUUGUCGCAGUUGUAUAAAGUAGCAACUAGUUGACAAGAAAAAUGUUUAAAGCAAAAGGUAACAGAGAAAUCACAAGCCAACCUAUCGAAAUACACCUGCCAAGCUAGAAAGUAAUUGAAAAACAUUUUAAAAGAGAUCGGGCGAAUCUUUUUUAUCUUGGACUUUCGUCUUUCGAAGUAGAGCGAACUUUGUUUAUUUUUGAGAUUAAAUUUACAAGUUCAA